AAUUAAUUCACGUCGCAUAAACAGUAAAUUAAUAAAAAAUUUAUUAAUUUAACUUGUUUGAACCUCGCCAGAUGGUGUUACAAUGUUUGCCACCGGUCGUUAUUCGCACGUGCUCAUUAACGUCAAAAAAUUCAUCUGUCAAAAACCUUUUACAUCGAUUAGAAACGUUCCCGCGUUAGUAUCGCGUUUGCAGUCAACCGUUACGCAUAAAAUGGCUUAUUCCAUAGUAGAAAGAGGUUCCCCGAACACCCAAGAUUAUCGGGUUUACAUUAAGGAUCAAAAUGGUCCGAUUUCACCGCUUCACGAUAUCCCUUUGGUAGCAGACGCCGUUAAAAAAACCUACAAUAUGGUUGUGGAAGUACCAAGGUGGACUAAUGCAAAAAUGGAAAUUACAAUGAAGGAAACUUUGAAUCCAAUUAAGCAAGAUGUAAAGAAGGGAAAAGUUCGAUUCGUAGCUAACUGUUUCCCACAUCAUGGUUACAUAUGGAAUUAUGGAGCUUUACCACAAACUUGGGAAAAUCCGGAACACUUAGAUGAUGGAACGGGAUGUAAAGGGGAUAAUGAUCCGAUUGAUGUUAUUGAAAUCGGGUACAGGGUGGCUAAAAGAGGCGAAAUUCUUCAAGUGAAAGUUUUAGGAACUAUUGCUUUGAUAGAUGAAGGCGAGACUGAUUGGAAGGUUUUGGCUAUCGACGUAAACGAUCCGAUUGCUGACCAAGUAAAUGAUAUUCCAGAUGUUGAAAAACAUUUUCCGGGAUUACUAAAAGCUUCAGUGGAGUGGUUUAAAAUCUAUAAAAUUCCCGAUGGUAAACCAGAAAAUCAAUUUGCUUUUAACGGUGAAGCAAAACCAGCAGCUUUUGCUCAAAAUGUUGUUGAAGAAGUCCAUGGCUUUUGGAAAUUGUUGGUGAAUAAAGAAGUUGAUGGAAAUGGAAUAUCUGUUGUAAAUACAACAAUUGAUGGGAGUCCAUUUAAAAUAUCAUCAUCUGAGGCGAAUGAUAUCGUAAAUAAAACACCUCCUUUGGCACAACCACAACCCAUAGAUCCAAUUGUGGAUAAAUGGCAUUACGUUCAUCUCAAGUAGAACAUGGGAUAGAUUAAUUUUAACCGGAAAGGUUCUUUUUUAAUAGAGCAAAAAUGGGCUGCAUUUGUGAUUAACAUUUAGUUAUUUAUCUGUAUUUUUUAUUUUCAUGGUGGUUUUUUUUUAUCUAAACAAUACAAUAUCUAAGUCGGUUGUAUUUACCAGUGUAAAAUUACAUUUAUAAGUGAAACAACUUGUGAAAUAAAGAUGUUAGUUAUUUAUUA